AUGACAUCUAGUAGUUCUGACGAAAAACUUCUUAUUCUACUCGCAUUGAAGAACAAAAAGAAAAGGAGAAAAUGGGUGCACGAAAUUAAUGAAAAAAGAGAAGAAUUUGGUGAGUUUCACCACCUCUGCAAAGAACUGUCAACUUACGAAGACCGUUUUGUAAAUUAUUUCCGUAUGACUCUAGAAAAAUUUGAGGAAAUACACGAACUCGUAUCACCGAGGAUAUUAAAACUUAAGACAAACUGGAGAAAACCUAUUGGGACAAAAGAAAGGCUUGCAAUUUGUUUGAGGUAA